GGCUGGACACCCCUCAUGACCGCUGUCCGAAACGGAAACCUUUCAGCCGUGCAGCUCCUCGUAUCCGCCGGCGCAGACCUCGAAGCGACGAGCUCAGACAAAGACUACGAGGCCUUCACACCCCUGAUUGCAGCCAUCCAUGAGAAGCACUCUGCAAUCGCCAGCCACCUCAUCUCCGCUGGCGCCGCCCUCAACGUACACGACAAAUGGGGCUACACGCCCAUCAACCGCGCCGGGCAAGCCGGUCUUCUCUCGAUCGUCCGCCUCCUCGUCGAGCACGGCGAAAGCGUCGACGAGCAAAACAACAAAACAGGCUGGUCCGUCAUCUCCGAAGCAGCGUGGCACGGCUUCCCCGAUGUGGUCGACUACCUCGCGGAGGCCGGCGCAGAUCUCGAGACGCGUGACGGCAACCGCGACACCUCGCUACAGAAAGCGAGUAUUAACGGAAGCACUGAAUGUGUGCGGCGGCUUUUAGCGCACGGGGCGAAUCCCAACACGCAUAACUACUGGGACUGGACGCCGUUGCAUGAUGCUGGUAUCCGAGGGUAUGCUGGGAUUGUCGAGUUGUUGUUGAAAGCUGGUGCGGAUAUGGAGGCGCGGAACUCCAGGGCUGAAGGCGAGAACACGGCACUCAUCCUUUCGAGCAAGGAUAAAGAGUCCGUGAGGUUGUUUGUUGAUCAUGGGGCUGAUCUUGAUGCCAAAAAU